AUGUCGGCCAAGUUAGAGAAGGAGGCGUCUUACCAGGCGAGCCAGCGCUAUGCCGUGUGGAGGCAGAUGUUCGUUCGCGUUCCGCCGAUUCCAGCAGGGGUUGACCUCGCUGGGAAGACAGUGCUAGUGACAGGCUCCAACAUAGGUCUUGGAUUGGAAUGUGCACGACAGUUCCUCAAGUUGGGCGCAAGCCUGCUCAUCAUGGCAGUUCGGUCUCUCGAAAGGGGCCACACGGCUGCAUCUGGGCUGCGGUCCGAAUUUCCGAGCGCCAAAAUCGAGGUCUGGCCCUUGGACUUGACGUCGUUCCGCUCGGUGGAGGCUUUUGCGGCAAGAUGCGAGAGCGAGCUCGACCAUCUUCAUGUAGCAGUCCUCAACGCCGGAAUGGGAAAGGAGAAGUUUGAGCGCGUCGAGGAGGGGAAGCGCCGUGAGAUGACGAUACAGGUCAACUACCUGGCUACCGCCCUGCUGGCGCUUCUUCUCCUCCCUAAGAUGAAGACAUCUGCUUCAACCUUAGAAUCGCCGCCAGCAACGACUAGCCCCAGCCGUUUGACAAUCAUUUCUUCCGACGCAUCACUCAACGUCAAGCUUGAGGAUCCCGGCAACAGCGGAAUACUUGAUUCUAUCGAUCGGCCCGAGAGCUUCGUGGCCUAUCCGCAAUACUCCAUUACGAAACUUUUGAUCACCAUGUUCACGGCGAAAUUGGCCGAGACCGUCGACCCGCAAGAAGUAAUCAUCAACUGCGCCAACCCGGCCGCGACGAAAGGCACUGGCUUUCUUCGUGAUGUGGAAUCGGUCAUGGUGAAAUUGAUGUUUAGGCUGCUAUUCCAAAUAAUUGGAAGGGAGCUGGUAGAUGCAGCGAGGAUAUACGUACAUUCGUCUUUGGUACUGGACAAAGAGAGCCACGGCGCUUUUACAGACUGGCUCAUCAGACCAUGGCCGCUAAUGAUGUAUACCGACUUGGGACGCAAGCUCAGCGACAAACUCUGGGAAGAAACGUUGGAAGAGCUUCGCUUUGCCACCGCUAGCGAAGCGCUGAAGAAUAUCAAGCAAUGA